AUGAAUAAUCCAAAAGUUCCCAGUGGUGCGGCUAAGAGAAAAAAGAAACUUCAACAAACACAACAUCUUUUGAAAACAAAUGCAAAAAUUAAGAAUUAUUUUGAAUGCAAUCGACAUGUUAAUGAUGUUAACAUUGAAGUUGAAGAAGACCAAGACAGAACUAUUGCUGGUAAAUCUACUGAAUCAUGUACGUUAGAAGUUCAAUCAACUAGUACUCAGGAAUUAAAUUUUAAGUUAGAUUAUCCGACUGAUAGAGGACAUUUUAAAGGACCUAUAAUAGACAGUAAACUUAAACGAACCAUUUUGACUUAUGGGCCUUGUAGACCGUUAAUACAGUUUCCCUACAGAAUUAUACAUGGCAAUAAUAGAAAAUUUUCAGUCGAUUAUUACAAUAUGAAAACUAAAACUGGUGUUCUAAUUCCCCGUCUUUGGCUCUGUUACUCUGUGAAAUUAGAUAAAGUAUACUGUGAAACGUGCUGGCUUUUUGUAGAUUACAAUCAUCGAAAUUUUAAGUCAGAAUGGGUUGAAGGCAUUGAUGAUUGGCAGCAUUUGUCCCAAAAAAUAAUUUCUCAUGAAAUAUCAGGUCCUCAUUUAGAUGUAAUGCAACUUAGACUUGUAUGGACAAAUAACUGUACUAUUGAUAAAGAGUUGGAAGUUCAAAUUUCUAAUGAAGCUAAAUACUGGAGAGAUGUAUUGGGAAGAAUAAUUAAAAUAAUUUUAAGUCUUACUGCUGGUAAUUUGGCACUCCGUGGUAAUGAAACCAAGCAAUUUUGUGAGGGAAAUUUUCUUAGAACAGUAAAACUAUUUGCAGAAUUUGAUCCAUUUUUAAGAACAGUCCUUGAUAAAAAAGAUGGUCAAAUUAAAUAUCUAAGUCCAGCUAUUCAGAAUGAGUUAAUUGAAAUUUUAUCAUGUAAUUUAAGGAAAAUCAUUUGUGAUGAAAUAAAAAUCUCUACUUUUUUUUCUAUAAUUGUUGACUCAACUCAAGAUAUUACAAAAGUCGUUCUUGGAUUUUAUGCAAUUGAUCAUCAUGGUGCCAAAGAAUACACAAAUCUCAUAAUAAAUGUCCUCUCUCAGUUGGGCUUAGAUAUUUCUAAAUGUCGAGGUCAAGGGUAUGAUGGUGCUGCAGUGAUGAGUGGUAUUUAUAGUGGUGUUCAAAAACGUAUUCAAGACAUAGUACCAAAUGCUCACUUUGUUCAUUGUUGUGCUCACAACUUGAACUUAGUAAUUUGUGACUCUGCUAAAAGUUCAGACACAGUUCGGCUAUGCGCAACACGUUGGGAAGCUCGACACCAAGCUAUAUUUGCAUUAAAAGAAAGAUUUAAUGACGUAUUGAUCACAUUAACAAAAAUUACUCUUACAACAACAAAUGGUGAUGAAAGAAAUGUUAGCAAAAGUAUACGCUCCAAAUUGGAUUCUGUAGAAUUUGUUUUACUUUUAUGUUUGUGGGAAAGAGUAUUGAGAAGUAUGCAAGGUGUUUCAAAAGUAUUACAAAGUGUUGAUAUAAAUAUUCAAACUUCUUGUGGUCUUCUUGAGCAAGCAAUUGGAUCAUUAUCAGAAUUGCGACAGAAUUACAAUGACAUUGUUAAUAUUGCUAAUGAUUUAUGUUCUAAAUGGGGUAUUUCAUCUAAAUUUCCAUCAAAACGCAAACAAUUUACCAAAUUACAUUUUGAUGAAAUCGAUGGUGACAGAAGGUUAAAUAUAACAGAAGAAAACUUUAGAAUUAAAAUAUUUUAUCCUGUUGUAGAUACUGCUUUAGCACAACUAAGAAGUAGAUUUAAAGGAUUAAAAGUAAUCGUAUCGACUUUUGAAUUUUUAAAUCCAACUUUUUUAAGAAGUACUGAAGAAAAUGAUUUAAAAAAAUGUUCUUUUGAUUUUAUUCAACAUUAUAAGUCAGAUGUGACUUCAGAUUUUACUCGACAGUUACUAACUUGUAUAAUUUUUUUGACAAUUCCUGUUACUGUGGCUUCAGCUGAAAGAUCUUUUUCCAAACUUAAAUUGAUAAAAAAUUACUUGAGGAAUUCUACUUCUCAAGAAAGAUUAAGUAAUAUAUCGGUAUUAAGUAUUGAAAGAGGUCGUACUGAUGAAAUAAAUAUUGAAAAGAUUAUUACUGAUUUCGCAAAUGCUAAAGCUCGAAAGAAAAUGUUUUUUUAA